GCGGUACGACGACAACAACGCACCGCUCCUCUAUGUUCGCAUCCAAGUUGGGCAAGCGUCCUGCCGCUUCGCUGGAUAGCGGCGAGUCUCACAAUUUUAUGAGUCAGGCCUUUAUGCAAAAGGCUGGCCUUGGCGCACAAGUUCGAAGGAAGGCAAAUCCGACGGCGAUCAAGUUGGCGGACGGAAGGACGCAGCAACUUAUCGACCGCUACAUUGAGGCCGUACCGGUGUAUUUCGCACCUCAUGCAUGUGAACCGGUGACGUUCGACAUUUUGGACAGAGACUCCGGCAUUAUUUUGGGAAUGCCUUGGCUUGCAAGUGCAGAUCACACGACCAACUUCCACCGGCGAACUCUUACCGUUCGUGACGCCUUCGGUGCCGAAGUGCCAUGUACUAUUCCUCUUCCGCACCCUUCGAUUCGGUGCCAAGUGGUAACGGCCAAGUCGUUCUGGGCUACUUGCGCUUACGAGCAGCCCAAUGAGAUAGGCCUAUGCUUCCUACGGACCGUCGCGGUAGUCGAUUCUUCACCCACGGACUUGUCUUCGAACCCCCGUGUGGCGCGGUUGCUUGACGAGUUUACCGACAUCUUCCAGUCACCUACUGGCGUGGUGUCGGAUCGGCCAAUCUCUCACGAUAUCAUUCUUGAGGCCGGUGCCGUGCCGCCGAAAGGUUACAUUUAUCGCAUGAGUGAGGUGGAGCUUACGGUCCUCCGCGCGCAACUCGAUGACUUGUUGGACAAGGGCUGGAUCCGCCCUAGUAGCUCUCCAUACGAAGCGGCAGUUCUCUUCAUACGGAAGAAGAACAAGGAUCUACAAUUGCGCAUCGACUACCACAAGCUCAACGAGCAAACCGUCAAGAAUGCGGGGCCUCUUCCUCGCAUCGACGAUCUUCUUGAGCGACUGGGCGGCGCGAAGUAUUUUUCUAAGUUGGAUUUGACGUCGGGAUAUCAUCAAAUCUCGAUCCGACCGAACGAUCGUUACAAAUCCGCGUUCAAAACGCGUUAUGGGCAUCUUGAGUGGGUGGUCAUGCCUUUCGGCCUCACCAACGCCCCGGCGACCUUUCAAACGGUAAUGACCAACGAGUUUCGUGCGAUGUUGGAUCGGUUCGUGCUGGUCUACUUAGACGACAUUCUCGUCUAUAGCCGGUCAUUGGAUGAUCAUACAAAGCCAACCACGCCAAGUACAAAGCCAACCGUGACAAGUGCGAAUUUGUCCGAGCUGGAAUACUUGGGCCAUUUUGUCACACCGGAGGGCAUGAGUCCGCUGUCGGACAAGAUUCAAGCCAUCCAAAAGUGGCCGGGGCCGCGGAACGUCACGGAUGUCCGUUCGUUCCUUGGCCUUGCCGGCUACUACCAACGUUUUAUCAAGGGAUACUCAAAGAUCGCGGCCCACUUGACCAAGCUUCAAUGCGAGGAUCGGUCGUUUGACUUCGGAGAGGAGGCGCGGGAAACAUUUUUGGCUCUCAAAGCCGCGCUAUUAUCUGCGGAGGUCUUGCGCAUAUACGACCCGCUAUUGCCAACGUGCGUCACUACGGAUGUGUCCGGCUAUGGCAUUGGUGCCAUCCUCGAGCAACACGAUGGCGUGGACUGGCACCCGGUCGAGUACUUCAGCAAGAAAGUGCCCGUCGUGCACUACAUUGAUGAUGCACGCAAGAAGGAGCUCCUCGCCUUCGUCUACGCGCUCAAGCGGUGGCGGCACUUCCUCCUUGGUUGAAGUCAAUUCCGAUGCGUAACGGACAACAAUCCGUUGGUCUUUUACAAGACCCAAAACAGCGUC